AUGGGUAUUUCUCGGGAUUCUCGCCACAAGCGCAGCGCCACUGGUGCCAAGCGCGCUCACUACCGCAAGAAGAGAGCGUUCGAGAAGGGUCGCCAGCCCGCCAACACCCGUAUCGGUGCCAAGCGUAUCCACCUGGUCCGCACCCGUGGUGGUAACCAGAAGUUCCGUGGUCUCCGUCUCGACUCCGGCAACUUCUCCUGGGGCUCUGAGGGUAUCUCCCGCAAGACCCGUGUCAUCGGAGUGUCCUUCCACCCCUCCAACAACGAGCUGGUCCGCACAAACACCCUGACCAAGUCCGCCGUUGUCCAGAUCGAUGCUGCUCCCUUCCGUCAGUGGUACGAGGCCCACUACGGCCAGCCCAUCGGCCGUAGACGCCAGCAGAAGACCGACGCCCCCGAGGAGAAGAAGUCCUCUUCCGUCGCCAAGAAGCAGGCUGCUCGCUUCGCCGAGUUCGGCAAGGCCGAGGGUGCUAUCGAGCGUCAGUUCGAGUCCGGCCGUCUUUUCGCCGUUGUCGCUUCCCGCCCCGGCCAGUCCGGCCGCUGUGACGGUUACAUUCUGGAGGGUGAGGAGCUUGCCUUCUACCAGAAGGCUAUCCGCAAGUAA